AUGCAGAACGAGUGGUUAGACAUAGGAGAUUUUUGCAUCCCAUUAGCAUUAAAAUGGCGCACUUUAAUUUAUGAUUGGUCGCCAGCAUUGCUAAAAUUCUAUCUCAAUGCGUUCCAGAUGACUCUCCCAGAUCAGAGUAAUUUAGUAAGAUGGGGUAAAAGUACCGACAAAACUUGCUAUAUCUGUGGAAAGGCAGUUGGAACUGCUAAGCAUCUGCUGGUGGGAUGUAAGGUACUCCUGGACAGCGGUCAAUACUCGCGUCGUCACGAUAGGGUUCUAGAAGUCAUACGUGAAGCGGUCAACAAAUAUUACGAGCUCACAAACGAACUCACUCGAAAUAGGUUCGUAGUAGAUUUGUACGCGGUAGAGGUGGGAGCGAGAGGUAUAACAGCGAAAUCUCUCUACAACCUACUAAAGGGCUUGGGCUUGUCCAGAACUCACAUUAAUGCAUUCUUGGAUCGUAUAUCGAAGGCAGCCCUAGUAGGUUCUUUUCAAAUUUGGUUAGGUAGGGAGAGGAGCUUGGACAGUGGAGUUUUGUCAAUGAAGAAGGCUUCAAACAUCAAAUGUACGCCAUGUACUCCACGCCGACAUGCUACCUGCAGACGACGCACCAGGAGAAGUAAUGACAAGUUCUCUUCUUGUUUUGUCAAUGAAGAAGGCUUCAAACAUCAAAUGUACGCCAUGUACUCCACGCCGACAUGCUACCUGCAGACGACGCACCAGGAGAAUUUAGUCAAUGAAGAAGGCUUCAAACAUCAAAUGUACGCCAUGUACUCCACGCCGACAUGCUACCUGCAGACGACGCACCAGGAGAAUUUAGUCAAUGAAGAAGGCUUCAAACAUCAAAUGUACGCCAUGUACUCCACGCCGACAUGCUACCUGCAGACGACGCACCAGGAGAAUUUAGUCAAUGAAGAAGGCUUCAAACAUCAAAUGUACGCCAUGUACUCCACGCCGACAUGCUACCUGCAGACGACGCACCAGGAGAAUUUUGUCAAUGAAGAAGGCUUCAAACAUCAAAUGUACGCCAUGUACUCCACGCCGACAUGCUACCUGCAGACGACGCACCAGGAGAAUUUUGUCAAUGAAGAAGGCUUCAAACAUCAAAUGUACGCCAUGUACUCCACGCCGACAUGCUACCUGCAGACGACGCACCAGGAGAAUUUAGUCAAUGAAGAAGGCUUCAAACAUCAAAUGUACGCCAUGUACUCCACGCCGACAUGCUACCUGCAGACGACGCACCAGGAGAAUUUUGUCAAUGAAGAAGGCUUCAAACAUCAAAUGUACGCCAUGUACUCCACGCCGACAUGCUACCUGCAGACGACGCACCAGGAGAAUUUAGUCAAUGAAGAAGGCUUCAAACAUCAAAUGUACGCCAUGUACUCCACGCGGGACAUGCUACCUGCAGACGACGCACCAGGAGAAGUAAUGACAAGUUGUCUUCUUGUUUUGUCAAUGAAGAAGGCUUCAAACAUCAAAUGUACGCCAUGUACUCCACGCCGACAUGCUACCUGCAGACGACGCACCAGGAGAAGUAAUGACAAGUUGUCUUCUUGUUUAGUCAAUGAAGAAGGCUUCAAACAUCAAAUGUACGCCAUGUACUCCACGCCGACAUGCUACCUGCAGACGACGCACCAGGAGAAUUUUGUCAAUGAAGAAGGCUUCAAACAUCAAAUGUACGCCAUGUACUCCACGCCGACAUGCUACCUGCAGACGACGCACCAGGAGAAUUUAGUCAAUGAAGAAGGCUUCAAACAUCAAAUGUACGCCAUGUACUCCACGCCGACAUGCUACCUGCAGACGACGCACCAGGAGAAUUUUGUCAAUGAAGAAGGCUUCAAACAUCAAAUGUACGCCAUGUACUCCACGCCGACAUGCUACCUGCAGACGACGCACCAGGAGAAGUAA